AUGACAACACCAUCCUCAAAUGAGUGGAAGCAACUCGUCUUCUUGGAGGGCAGAUACAUGUUUUUCCAGAUCAGCCAUAGGCGUGGGCGAGCAUUCGAGGUCGGUACAGUGGCGUUUUUGAGCACCCUUACGCUGGAACCUAAACAAAAGAAGCGGCCAGAGAUACUCUUCGUCGGUCCCAAAGAGACAUGCGAAAUGAAAGCGAACUGCGUGGCCACAGAUGGAGAGCUAAUCGAAGAUGUAUUUGACGUUUCUAGCGUGCAGGAUUACAUAAGAGAAACGGAGCCGAGUCCCACUUCUGGCACUACGGAACCGAGCCCAGUUGAGAGGGAGUGUGUGCUGAAGUUUUAUGAGAUCCCGGAACAUCUGCGCGAGGACGUUUGGAGGAAAAUUAAGGAUCUUAACAGUCGUGUGAGGCGCCUUUGA